UCUGUAAGGGAACCAAGGUCUGAGGUCCUUCGAGGGCACUCUUCGACUAUUUUAAGGGCGAAUUCUUCGAGCGCCCUUAGAAAUCGAGAUAUGAGGAGGAACUUGAGCGAUGGGUAUUGUUCAGAGUCUUUGCACAGUCCAAAAAUGUGUCCACAGGAAAGAAGACAAAUUCAAAUUCCAUCAGAAGAUGUUACAACAGCUGUUAAAGUUACAACGACAGCUGUCAGACCUUUGGUUGUAACAUUUAGAAGUAAUUGCAGAAGAAGACAUCUAGUAGUAGAAACGCCUUGCAACUGUCAACAGCAUCCAGGAAGAUCUUCAAUUGAUGAAAAUUCUUGUGAUAUUGACAGGCAAUCUCCAGAAGACAUAGAAUCUCUCUACCGCCAAUUUCCAAAACAAUCUUGUUGUCUUUCAAAAAGACAUCACUGCUGCCUGAUAGAAAGCAAUUCUCCACCGCCGCCGCCGCCUCCGGACGUCGUCGCCUCCGGAGUUUCUUCUGGGAAAAGAAAACGAAGAUACACGAGUUCUGCCGAUGAUGAUAAAGGGAAUAGGGCGAGGAAGUGGCAGACGGUGGAAAGUAAUAAAUUUGACACCCAAGAAACUCCAAACAGUUAUUCCCAUACAAUGUACAAAAAACAGGAAACUUUUCAUCUAAAACUCCAAAAACCGAAUUCCUGGUAUUCCUUAAAAUCUACAAAAAGGAUAAUCAGGAGCAGGAGUUGUCCAGGAUUUUUAAAAGAAUGUGGAUAACAUAUAUUUUUAAUAAAGGACUUGUUAAAAAAAAUAUCUUGAACGAGAGGUGGAGACUGAUGGGUUGUAAAACGCGAUAAAAUGGUUUCGAACUUGACUGAAACGGUGGAGAAUUUUAUAAGUGAGUUUUUUUAUAUUUUUUUCAGCAUGUGGG